ACCUCAUAAUUUUAUACCUGAAUUCCAUUUAGUUGUACCCUUAUACAUUAGUAUCUAUUACUUAAAUUUCAUAUAUGGAGUUUCAUAAGAACCCAUUUGUUAUCUUAGUAUGCUCCUCUCGAAAUAUUUAUAUUCCAUAAUCCAGGAAAAUAAACGGAUGAUGAUUCAUGACCCUUCUUUUUGGGGGAAUUAAAAGAAGAAAAUAAAAAAGAAAAGGGGACAUGAGCUUUAGGUCAUCCCAGUACUACUGAAAGAGCCCAAGUUCAUGUUGGCAAUCGAUACCGAGCCGAUAUCAACAAGCGGUCCGAAUAGAAGAGCAGGGGAGCUGGGAUUAUUGAAGGGCGUGAAACUCCUUAUAAACGAAGUGGCAGCCUAAAAACCCUCACUAAAAUCCUAGAGGAACAGCUGCGUGUUUCUGAUUCUUUCAGAUAAUAGCUGCAAAGAUGUACACAUCGAGGAGGAAAAUCCAAAAGGACCAGGGUGUGGAACCUAGUGAAUUUGAGGACUUGGUGGCACAGUCAUUCUUUGAUUUGGAGAAUACCAAUCUGGAGCUGAAAAGUGAUCUGAAGGACAUUUACAUUAAUUCUGCAGCUCAAAUUGAUGUUUCUGGCAAGAGGAAGGCUGUGGUCAUUUAUGUCCCUUACAGGCUGCAGAAAGCUUUUCGAAAAAUCCAUCUGAGGCUUGUUGGGGAAUUGGAGAAGAAGUUUAGUGGGAAGCAUGUAGUCUUGAUUGCUGCUAGAAGGAUCCUGCAUCCUCCAAAGAAGGGUUCUGCUGUUGUGCGACCCAGGACCCGCACUCUCACAGCAGUUCAUGAGGCCAUGUUGGAGGACAUUGUUUACCCGGCAGAAAUUGUUGGAAAGUGUGUUAGGUACAGAGCUGAUGGUUCCAAGAUAAUCAAGAUUUUUCUUGAUCCAAAGGAGCAGAACAAUACUGAAAACAAACUAGAGACCUUUGCUGGAGUCUACAGAAAGCUUUCUGGUAAAGAUGUGGUGUUUGAAUACCCUGUUACUGUUUCUGCAUAGAGAAAAAUGUGUUUCUUUUCUCCUCUGCCUUGAUGGCUGGGGGUUAAUCUGAGAAUUUUGGAUACACAUGGUUUUUUUGUAGGCUAAGAAUUUUAGAUAUGAUACCUACCUAAUAUUUGAUAAGUUGCAUCAUCAAAGUGUUACUUGGGAGUAUUA